CAAGGUUUUUCAUUUAGUAACACAUUACUUUUAUUUAUCUGUCAACGAUUUGUCAGGGUCAAAAAUGAUCGUUUAAAAUUUAAGGUCGAUGGGCUUAAGUUAUGAGGGGCGGCUUGUUAUUGGUUUCUUGUUCAUUGUUCUGGUCGUAGUUGUUGUCCAAGCGGUUCCUUUGCCCGCUCACCAUCAAGUAUCCUUGAAUUUCCGUUCAAAUUUGCUGAUGAGCAGGUAUGGCGAACCGCUGAAGCCUUUGCGCAGUUUUGAAAACUCCGAAGAGAGAAUUGUCCUGCAACCCAAACGAGAAGAAGGAUUUGAUGACAAUCAGGGUGGCGGAGUCGUUUUGGAGGGUUUCGACGAAGGCAGCGGAGAAGAUUGCGAUGAACUGCCUUACGGACCGACAACUCAGGCAGGAAAGGACCCGUUGACUGCUAUCUUGGGUUUUUGUGUCCCAGUGGGUCUAAUCAUGAUCCAGUUUCUAUUGUAAAAGAUUUAGAAAAAGAACA